AUGUCCGAGAUCGAAAAGGCCUUGGUCGAGUUAAAGUCGUUGAUGAAGUAUCGCGCAGAGCAGCUCGGGCACGAGGAGGACUUCCGCGGGCUUGGACUCACAAGUCGAAAGAACUUGUGCCUCCAUCCCUCCGUUAAGCGUGAAAAGAGCGGUUCCGUCGUCGAUUCUCGUUGUAGGAGCCUGACAGCAGGUUUUGUCAAGGAAAAGAAGAAUCGUGGAGAAAAUGUCGACGUCUGUGUCUAUCACGAUAAUCUCGAUCUUCUCGAGCCGCAUAAUCUGAUUCCCAAUGGAAUUUGGACCUUUGAUGAUAUUCUGCGCUACGGGGAAGAACACAAGCAAUGCCCGUACUUCACGGCCCGGCGAAUGAUGCAAUACUGCAACAUUGUCAUCUUCUCAUAUCACUAUCUCCUAGAUCCAAAGAUUGCCGAGCGAGUAUCCCGAGACUUCUCCAAGGACUGCAUAGUUGUUUUUGACGAGGCGCACAACAUUGACAACGUCUGUAUUGAAUCACUGAGUACCGACAUCACUGAAGAUUCCCUGCGCAAAGCAACCCGAGGGGCGCAGAAUCUGGAACAGAAGAUUUCCGAAAUGCGAGACACAGACCAGGAGAGGCUUCAAUCCGAAUACCAGAAGCUUGUCGAGGGACUGCGGGAAGCAAAUGAGAACCGCAUGGAGGAUGCGUUCAUGUCCAAUCCAGUCCUACCCGAUGACCUUCUGAAGGAAGCUGUGCCUGGUAACAUCAGGCGUGCGGAGCACUUCGUGACCUUUCUCAAGAGAUUUAUCGAGUAUCUAAAGACCCGAAUGAAAGUUCGCCAAGUAAUCUCGGAAACACCGCCAUCAUUUCUUGCCCAUCUGAAGGAGCAUACAUUCAUCGAAACAAAACCACUCAAGUUCUGUGCGGAGCGCUUGACAUCUCUAGUGCGAACUCUGGAGUUGACAAACAUUGAGGACUAUCAGCCACUGCAGGAAGUGGCUACCUUUGCAACAUUGGUCGCUACGUAUGAGAAAGGCUUCCUACUGAUCCUUGAGCCUUACGAAUCCGACACCGCCGAAGUCCCGAACCCCAUAUUGCAUUUCACCUGCCUCGACGCCGCAAUCGCAAUUCGGCCAGUUUUUGAGAGAUUUUACUCCGUCAUCAUCACCUCGGGUACCAUCUCGCCACUUGAGAUGUACCCAAAGAUGUUAAACUUCGCAACAGUGAUACAAGAGUCAUACAGCAUGACGUUGGCACGAAGAUCAUUUUUGCCGAUGAUAGUGACGAGAGGGAGUGACCAAGCCUCAAUAUCGACAAGUUUCCAAGUCCGAAAUGAGCCGAGCGUGGUGCGCAACUACGGCACCCUGCUGACUGAGUUUGCGAAGAUCACCCCCGACGGCUUGGUCGUGUUCUUCCCGUCGUACCUAUAUAUGGAAUCCAUCAUCAGCAUGUGGCAGGGCAUGGGCAUCUUGGAUGAAGCGUGGAAGUACAAGCUGAUACUUGUCGAAACCCCCGACGCACAAGAGACGUCCUUGGCGCUGGAAACGUAUCGGACAGCCUGCUGCAACGGCAGGGGGGCUAUUCUCUUGUGUGUCGCUCGAGGGAAGGUCUCCGAAGGCAUCGAUUUCGAUCACCAAUACGGCCGAACAGUGUUGUGCAUCGGAGUUCCGUUCCAGUACACAGAGUCUCGAAUCUUGAAAGCGAGGCUUGAGUUUUUGCGAGAGACCUAUCGCAUCAAGGAGAACGACUUCCUGUCAUUCGAUGCUAUGCGGCAUGCCGCACAAUGUCUAGGUCGGGUGUUGCGAGGCAAAGACGACUAUGGAAUCAUGGUGCUUGCUGAUCGUCGAUUCCAGAAGAAGCGGUCGCAGCUGCCCAAGUGGAUAAACCAAGGCCUCCUCGACGCCGAAACCAACCUAAGCACGGACAUGGCCGUAAGCAGUGCGAAGAGGUUCUUGAGAACAAUGGCCCAGCCAUUCCGGGCCAAGGAUCAGGAAGGGAUCAGCACUUGGGGUUACAAAGAUCUCCAGCAGCACGUCGAGAAGCUGGAUGCCGGGAGGAGACGGGAGGAAGAGGGAAUGGCGAGAAGCCUGGCAGCACAGGAUGUGUCCAGUCUCCUCUAUGAACAUGACAAUCUGGACCAAGAGAUGGAGGACUUGAACGACUUCUAA